AUGUCCUUAAGUUCACCGUCGUCAUCGUCGGAUUCAGAAUACACGCAUUGCACUCGUAUACCAAUGACACUAUCAGAAAAAAAAAGGGGCCGCACAAAUUUCAUUACUCCAAAGCUUGUUGCUGCAUUAGAUCGAUGUAAAUUAAGUGUACGGGACUCAGUUUAUAUUAUUCAAGCAACAGCUGAAGCAUUGGGUAACAAUGUUGAUAGUUUGGUUAUAAAUAAAUCGUCUAUACAUCGAUGUCGUGAUGCUUUACGAGUUGAACGCGCCAAUAAAAUUAAAACCAAUUUUGAAAGUUCUGUUCCUAGUUAUAUAACUGUACACUGGGAUGGAAAAAUACUACCAACGUUAAAUGUUAGAGACUCAGGUAUUGAUAGAUUACCAAUUGUUUUAACCAGUAAUAAUCUAGAUUUGCUUAUUGGUAUCCCAAAAUUGGAAAAAUCAACGGGAAAAGAACAAGCUAAUGCUAUAUAUUAUGCAUUAGAAAAUUGGGGCGUAACAGAUGUUGUUCAAGCUCUAUGCUGUGACACCACCGCUUCAAACACAGGGCGUUUUAAUGGUGCAUGCGUUUUAUUGGAGCAAAAAUUGGGAAGAGACUUACUUUACCUACCAUGUCGCCACCACAUAUACGAAAUAAUUUUACGUGGCGUUUUUGAAGCUGUACUUCCGCAUACAACGACAAGUCCUGAUAUCCCACUAUUUAAAAAGUUUCGAAACAAUUGGAAUAAAAUUGAUAUUUCAAAUAUAAUUUCUGGUAUAGACGACCUUGAGUGUUGCACUGCUUUAGAAGAUGUACGAAAUGAUAUUCUCCACUUUUGUCGAGCUAUGUUGCAAAAUAAAUGUUACAGAGAUGACUAUAAAGAAUUACUUGAGCUAUCUAUAACUUUUUUGAAUGGUAAUUUAGAUAACAAAUUUAAAAUACGUCCACCUGGAGCAAUGCAUCAAGCUCGCUGGAUGAGUAGAGCUAUUUAUUGUUUAAAAAUAUAUAUUUUCCGAAAUCAAUACUCUUUAUCAUCUUCUGAAAAAAACGCUAUUCGUGAUAUUUGUGUUUUUAUUGUUCGAUUUUAUUUAAAAUCUUGGUUCAGCAGUACCGCAGCAGCUAGAGCACCGGCAAAUGAUUUAAAUUUUAUAAAAUGUUUAAAACAAUACGAAAAUGAACACUCCAAAAUUUCAAAAGCCGCUAUAACAAAAAUUAGUAAUCAUUUAUGGUACUUAACAGAAGAGGCAGCAGCAUUAGCUUUCUUUGAUGACACAUUAUCAAACGAAAUCAAAAGAUUGAUGGUACAGUCACUUAAUAACGAUGGAAUUAUCCAACCAACUAAGCGUCUUAUUGUUUCAUUUCAAGAUCUUGGAGAAACCUUUUCAGAAAAAACACUGGCGUCUUUUAUAUCAAAGAAUAGUAUGCAAUUUUUUUCUCGAUUUAAUAUUAAUACGGACUUUUUGAAUGAUGAUCCGAGCACAUGGGACAAUCAAAUUAGUUAUUUACGCGGGAAAGAAAUUGCAUGCUCGCUAAAUGUAGUAAAUGAUACAGCGGAAAGAGCAGUUAAACUUAUGGAAGAUUUUCACGGAACUUUAACCAAAGAUGAUAAGAAGUCUGAGUUGCUAUUACAAUGUAUACAAGAACACAGAAGACUAUAUCCUGAUUGUAAAAAGGAAACAUUGAAAAAACAAUUUUAA